AUGAUAAAGUGGAGAAUCAGCGGGUUCUACAACGGGCUUCCGCUGAUAAUUCAUGGGAGCCUGGCAGGGAUGUUGAGGUUCGCUGUUGCCAGUGUGCUGCUCGCCUUGGCGGUGGCUGAUACUUUCUGCAACUAUGCCAUCACUGGCGACGAGAUUCUGGUCGAGGCCGUCCCGAUUGGAACCUAUGAGACUUCCGGAAACGACCGGGCUCGAUCCUCGUGGUGCAUCGCUGGCUGCAACAGCAAGGUCUCCGUCAAGGGCACCCUUCUCCUUCUACCAGCCAAUGGAACCACCCCCACCUACAAGAUGCACCGCCACGCCAGCAUGAAAGACCGCACCCUCUACCGCGAGAUCUACGACCAGAAGUCCGGCGCCUUCAUCAAGUCCUCGGUCGGCGACAGCGACAACACUUUCUGCAUUGACCCGGUCGUGGCCGCCCAGGUUGACGCCGUCUUCGACAAGUACAACAACGUCGACAACAUCGUUAAGGGACUGAACACCACCAUCAACAAGCCGGGAUGGGCGUAUCUUGUUAUUGAGCACGUUGACGAUUCUGUCGGAGAGGGAGCUAACCUGAAGUAUGACACCAACUUCUGCUACAAGAACGUUUUCAAGCAAAUCGGCAACCAAUACUACUUCUUCGAUGUCGUCGCCAUGGCCGUCGAUGACCGAAACAUC